GGGGGUUUUGGGGUCGCUGCCGGGGAGGUUUUGGGGUCGUUCCCGGGGUGUUCCCGCUUUUCCCUCUGUCGGAGCAGGAAGGGGCGGUGGCCGCGGCGGCACCGAAACCGUUUUGCUUUCGUUUCCACCGGCGCUUGGGAAAUGCCAAAUUCCAGGAAGGCCGAGAGCUCGGCGAGGAACCUGCGAGGGGCGGGACAGCAGAACCCCGAGCGGGAAUCACGGGGCCGAGCCCCAGCUUCCUCCAUCCCACGGGAGAACCCCGCAUCUCCGCAGAUGGAGACGGAACCGGAGCCAGAAGCAGAACCGGAGCCUCACCCAGAGCCGGGCCCCGCCGCGCCCGCCUCCCCCCCGUGCCCGGCGGCGGCGGAGGGCGAGGAUGAGGGUGAGGAUGAAGACGAAGAUUUCCAGUUCCUGCGGUGCGAUGGCUGCGGGCAGGACACGGCGCAGCCGCGGCUGCUGCGCUGCCUGCACACGCUGUGCCCGGCCUGCCUGAGCGACACCAAGCAGUGCCCGCGCUGCCAGGCGGCCACGGGCGCUCCGGCCGUGGACAACCUGCUCUUCUGCAACCUGCGGAGCCGCCUGCAGCUCUGGCGGCAGAUCCGCAGCUCGGGCGGGCCCGGCUGCAGCCGCUGCCGCGCCGAGGCGGCGCUGGUGUGGUGCUCGGACUGCGAGGAGUUCUUCUGCGGGCGGUGUCUGGAGGAGCACCAGUGGUGGCACAAGAAGAAGGCGCACCGGGUGCGCAGGGUGGAGGAGCUGCGGGCGGGCUCGGCGCGGCAGUUCCUGGAGGACACGCGCGGCUCCUGCAGCCUCUUCUGCUCCAGCGACAGCCACCCCGAGGAGAGCCGCGUGUGCAGCAUCUACUGUCCGCGCUGCGAGCGGGCUCUGUGCUGUCCGUGCGCGCUGCUGGACACUCGCCACGCUCCCUUCCGCGACCUGCGCGCCGAGAGCCGCCGCCGCCAGGACGAGCUGCGCUCGCUGCGCCGGGACCUGCGGCGCCUCCGCCGCUCCUUCGAGGCGGCGCUGGGGCGGCUGCGGGGCGAGGCGGCGCGGCGGGAGGAGCAGCGGGAGCGGCUGCGGGAGCGCGUCCGCGCCAGCGCCGAGCGCCUGCAGGAGCUGGUGCGCAGCGAGGCCGAGGAGCUGCGGGCGCUGCUGGAGGCGCGGCCGGAGCGCGGCCGGAGCGCGCUGGCGGAGGAGCUGAGCGGGGCCGAGGGAGCGCUGCUGCGGCUGGAGGCGGCCGAGAGGCUGGUGGAGAGGCUGGGGCGCUACGGCGGCGAGCAGGAGCUCAUGGACAUGCAGCCCUUCGUCAAGGCGGCGCUGCUGGAGCUGCGGCGGCUGCGGCCGCCCGAGCCCCCCGAGCUCCGAGAGCCGCCCGACUUCGCCGAGUGCCGGGCGCGGCUGCGGGCGCUGGUGGAGCGCGUCACGGGCCGGCCGGAUGUCCCUGAGGUCGAGGUGGGCCUGGAGAACAACCUGGAUGAGGAUCCAACCCAUCCCAAACCCCGCAGCGUCUCCCCCAGCCUGGAGGAGAUCCACGUGGAGGAGGUGAGGUCCCUCUGUCCCAACCAGCCUCUCCCGCUGCCCUGCUGGAAGCGGCCGCUGCCCAGCAUGGAGAGGGGCAGCCAGGUGUCUCCCAAACUCCUGAAGCUGGAAUGUGACCACGAGCCGGGCCCCAGCCAUCCCAAAUCCCAGUGGGAAUUCCCCAUGGAGCCCGGCCCCUCCACCUCGCGGCACAACUGCGUCCGUGCCGGCGACACAGAGGGCGGCAGCAUCAUCAUCUGCAGCUCUGACGACAGCGACGAGGACACCGUGGUGGUGACGGUGACACCGGAGCCGCCCCCGUGCUGACACCCCACGGGAUCCUCCGGCCUCAUCCCGCAAUUCCCGGCCUCCCAUUCCCGGAUUUCUGCUUGGACUUUCCUCUUCUUGACCAAUCCCAAAUUUAUUCCUGGACUGAGCUCUGGUGUUCCGGAGCGGCCCUAAAUCCCACCUGGAUGUGAUGGGAUCUCUCCUUCAAUGCUUUGAGGUUUCCUGGGAAUGUUGUUUUCCUCUUAAAUCCUGUCUGGAUUGAUCCCAAAAUAAAAUUUGGGAUGGGAGUUGGGAUCUGUGCUGGCGGAUCCCAUUCCCGAGCCCCCCAAAGGUGGGGAGAUGAUCCCAAGGGUGGGAUCCCCUCUGGGAUCCCCCAUCAGCACUUGGAGCUGGGAAUUCCUUGGGAUUGGGAUUGGAUUGGGGUCAGUUUCCUGGUGUAAUGAGGGUUUAAAAUCCCAGUUUUUUUAUGUCUCCCCUCAAUAAAUCUGCUUUGGGAUAAAA